CAAUUUGAAACAGAUUUUUUAAAGUAAGUACUUUGCAAAAGCGUAAGAGCUAAAACAAGGCAUGAAAACCGUAAGACAAGAAAAGCGGCCACCCAUUCCACUGCAGUCUCCCCGGAGCACCCCGGGGGUUGGUGGCUGCACGGCUCACCGCCCGGCCCCGCUCACUCCCGACACUGCGGGCUGUGGGGCGGCCGCUCCUCUGCAUCCUGAGCACUGUGAUGGGCACACAGCGGGCGCCCCAUCCACCGAGGCAGUCAGUACCGGCCUAGCAGCCCCUGCAGGCCACGCUGCGCGGGGAUCCUCUCAGCCGGAGGCCCAGACUUAGCACACGGCCAAACGAAAGCAAGCAGGAACACCGCGCAGAGCCCCCCGGCCGUUCGGCGCGCAGGCUCGGAAACUGACUGGGCGACCUCGCCCCCGGUCGCCGCUGGCCAAUCAGCGCGCGCCGCUAGAUCCGUGCCCGCCCCAGGCCGCGCCCGCAGCCAAUGAGAGAGGCCCGAGAGGCCGGCUGCAGAGCCCAGCCCCGGCCGGCGCACUCUGCUGUUCGCCUGUCAGGCUCCAAAUAAAGUUCUUCGGGGCUUUGAAUUUUUUUUUUAAAGCGCCCUCUGCAGUCUCGGCCGCCGCGGUCGAGAGCGGCCGAGUCCCCGCCCCGCCACUUCCGGUCUCGGCGCCCGGAGCCGGUGCGGCUGUGAGGGGCUGCGUUUAGCCGCUGCCGGCCGGGCAUGGUGUUGGGCGUCGGGCCCGCCUCGCCUGUCUCGGGGUGUCCAGGAUAAAGGUAGCAGUGAUGCUGACGCUGGCAAGCAAACUGAAGCGGGAUGACGGUCUCAAAGGGUCCCGGGCACCAGCCACGGCCUCCGACUCCACUCGGCGGGUUUCUGUGAGAGACAGACUGCUUGUCAAAGAGGUUGCAGAACUUGAAGCUAAUUUACCUUGUACGUGUAAAGUGUAUUUUCCUGAUCCAAACAAGCUUCAUUGCUUUCAGCUAACUGUCACCCCAGAUGAGGGUUACUACCAGGGUGGAAAAUUUCAGUUUGAAACUGAAGUUCCUGAUGCGUACAACAUGGUGCCGCCUAAAGUGAAAUGCUUGACCAGGAUCUGGCACCCCAAUAUCACAGAGACAGGCGAGAUAUGUCUCAGUUUACUGAGGGAACAUUCGAUUGACGGCACCGGCUGGGCCCCCACGAGGACACUGAAGGAUGUUGUUUGGGGAUUAAACUCUUUGUUUACUGAUCUUUUGAAUUUUGAUGACCCACUGAACAUUGAAGCUGCAGAACAUCAUUUGCGGGACAAGGAGGACUUCCGCAGUAAAGUUGAAGACUACAUUAAGCGUUACGCCAGAUGACAGGAGAGGACUGCGGGGCCGUGGGCUGUGCGCCACCACUUUGUCUCCAGCUGACGUGAGAAGGGGGUCUCCGCCCCGUCCUCGGCUCCCCUCAGUCCCGCUGGGCCACCCCAGUCCUGCGACCAUGCUGUCCCGAGGAAGAACCUCUUCACGACCACCCAUUGUAGACAGAGAGUUCCACGUGAACACAGCCAGAAAAUGUGCUGGGGAUUCUACAGACUUGUCUGCUUACCUUAACAUGUUUACCUUUUUGAAACUGUUACUGUAUAGGCUGUUAAUGAGAUUCUCGAGAAGUUGUGAUGAACUCAGCAUUGAGGCUAGAGCUUGCUUCUCCCCUUUCCCCGCAGUCAGUCCCUGCACAGGUGAUGCUAACGAUGUGCUCGGUGUAGCUCGCAGAUUGGCGACCAGAAACCCGCUACAAACUGUGAUUGGAUGCGAAUUCUCUUAGCUCCUUCCACGAGUGUUGGCCCUGCCUAGAUGUCGUGAAGCUUCCCUGAAUGCAUAGUCAUUCACUGUAGAUCUCUUACUGAAAUGCGUAUUUUAUUUAAUGUAAGUAUAUUUUGGAACAGAUUUGUAAUUUGUACAAUUUAAUGCUUUAAUUAUUUUUUUCUAUUCUCAUUUAGUUUGUAUUUUCAUUGUAUAGAGCAGACAGAAAGAUGUUGGGUCAAGCAACUAUUGACGAGAAAUACAAAGAAAAUAUAAAAGACACAGUAUUCGUUCUGUCCAAAUGCAACGAGAAUGUGGCUUUUGAAAAUCAGCUCCUGUUUUCAGGUCCAGAUGGGGCAAAGAAGUUUAGGGACCCUUUGAAGCUAGGUCUGGAUGAAUU